CGGUAACUUUUCUCAGUACAGCUUCAACCAAAGUAAGCUCAAACAACCGCUUUCUAUUCUUCUCAGCGCUCGCGGAUGACAGGAAAAAGGCGAAAGGGGAAGUGCGGAGCAAGUUUACCUCUGAGUGGAUUUCAUCGUGAGACGACAGCACCUUUUCAUCUCUCUCUCCGUUUCUUUAUCUCUCUCUUCCUCGGAGGUUUAGCUGUGCGCGGGCCAGCCUGAAUGUUUCUGUGUGUUUGACUGUUGUCCUACUAAGACGAGGUGAAUGUACAGCAUCAUGAUGGAAACGGACUUACAUUCCCCCGUGGUCCCCCAGACCAACCCAUCCAACCCGGGGGGACACGCGGGAGGAGGAGGCGGGGGGCCCGGCGGCAAAGUCCCCCAGGACAGAAUCAAGAGACCCAUGAACGCCUUCAUGGUGUGGUCCCGGGGCCAGCGGAGGAAAAUGGCACAGGAGAACCCCAAGAUGCACAACUCGGAGAUCAGCAAGCGGCUGGGCGCAGAGUGGAAGGUGAUGACCGAGGGGGAGAAGAGACCGUUCAUCGAUGAGGCGAAGCGGCUCCGGGCCAUGCACAUGAAGGAACACCCGGACUACAAGUACCGGCCGCGGAGGAAGACCAAGACGCUGCUGAAGAAGGACAAGUACUCGCUGGCCGGCGGGCUCCUCGGCUCUCAUGCAGGUGCAGGGAUGGGCGGCGGGCAGCGGCUGGAGAGCCCUGGAGGGGGCCACACCGGGGCCAACGCGGGCUACGCCACGCAUGUGAACGGCUGGGCGAACGGCACAUACUCGGGCCAGGUGGCGGCUGCAGCGGCGGCGGCGCACGCUAUGAUGCAGGAGGCGCAGCUGGCAUACACGCAACACCCGGGCUCCGGGGCUCACCCGCACCACCCGCACCCGCAUCAUCACCCGCACCACCACCCGCACAACCCGCAGCCCGUGCACAGGUACGACAUGAGCGCCUUAUCUUACAGCCCCAUCUCAAACUCUCAGAGCUACAUGAGCGCGUCUCCGCCGGGCUACGGCGGGAUCACCGGCUACACUCACCAGCACCAAAGCUCCGGGGUCUCCCCAGUGUCCGGGGCCAUCGGGGGGACUUUGGGGUCCCUUGUGAAAUCUGAGCCAAGCGUGAGCCCCCCGGUUUCCACGGCGCGCGCACCGCCGUGCCCUUCGGGGGACCUGCGGGACAUGAUCAGCAUGUAUCUGCCGACCGGAGAGGCGGCGGUGGACUCCAGCGUUCACAGCAGACUGCAUGUGCUCCACCCGCAGCACUACCAGAGCAGCGGCUCCACUCCGGUAAACGGGACGGUUCCUCUGACUCAUAUUUAAUCUCUAAAUGUACUAGAAGCACUACCAACCACAACCAAAUAUUUAAAGUUAGAUGUGGGCGCAGGCUGCUGAUGAAUUGUAAAUUAUAGGCGGUUAUAGCCAUAAAAAUGCAAUCACUUUGAACAAACUUUUUUAUUGUUAUUUUUAUUUUCUUUCAGUGAUGGAUUUUUGUCUGUCCGAGCUAAAGGAAAGCGCAUCCGAUUUACUUUUGCUCUCUGGGAAAGAGCAUGCCAAGUUUUGACACGAUUUAAAUUAUAAUCCGUGAAGGCUGGUGCAUUUUGAGGGUUAUUUUUUCCGACUUUUCUGUGGAAUUAAAGGCACCAGCUGUGUGUUUGAGGGAUGUUGAAAAUCUGUUUAAAGAGGGAACCGUAUAAUAAAUGGAGGGCGGUGUGGAAGAUGUGUUUUUAAAAAAGUUUCUAGGCUGCAAUUUAAAUUGAUUUCCAGUUUUAAUGCUUGUAAACAUGUGAGUCAGUCGGUGUAAUUUGAAUUUGUUUUUGUUGUUGUAAAAUCUUGUAAAUUGUGAAUAAAUAGGCCUACUGAAAACA